AUUGGCCUCACAUUCCUGAGGACGGGGGUUCAAAUCCCGGCCCCGCCUGUGUGGACUUUGCUUGUUUUCCCCGUGCUUCCUCCGGUUUCCUCCCACAUUCCAAAGACCUCCAUAAAUUGGAGACUCUAAAUUGCCCUUGUGAUUGUGAGUGCGACUGUUAUAUCUGGAUUGGCUGGCGACCGGUUCAGAGUGUACCCCACCUCCAGCCCGAUGAUUGCUGGGAUAGGCUCCAGCACUCACGCGACUCUUGCAAAAUCCUUUAGGGGGCAGCACCUACUGGAAAUGAAAUGAGCGCAUGCGUGCACACGUAAUUGCCUUGCAGGAAGUAAAUAAGCCGUAUUCCCGCGCGGUUUCGUUUUUUUCAAACGAUUCUUAAAUGCAAUUAUUUUACAAAAUGGACGAGCUUUACCUGGAUAAUAUCGACGAGUACGUCAACGACCACAACAGGAUAACUCAUAAAGUGUCAUUGGUGCGCGAGGAACAACUGGAAGAUUUAAAAUCCAAGAUGAGUUUGAUUGUGAGCAUGCACGUUUACAGCGUCCAGAAAGCUCUACUAAGGGAUAGCGGGCCGCUAUACACCGUUGACUAUGAUAUUGUCAAAGACAACCUACUCAACUGUAGCAAGUACAGCGCCAUCCACUGCCCCGGUGCCGUUCCCAUGUCCUCACUGGAAAGCAACUCUCGGCAAGCUCCGGCUCUUCCUGUUCCGGAGCCGCAACAGAGCAAGAAGCCUUCCAUUAAUGGUGACGCCGGUUCCGAAUCCGUGCCGACCAAAGGCAUCAUGGGAAUGUUCGCCGGUAAAGUCCUAGCGGUUAAGAGCCAAGACGGUGGUAAAGAGGUGAAGGCAGAUCCUCAGGAAACAGCAGCCGAGGUGGAUGUCCCCAAAGGUAAAGCAUCAGCAAAAUCCAAUCACCUGAUGAACUUUUUUGGCAAUAAAAAAACAAAGAAACAAGAGAAGCCUGUGAAGAAGACGGAAGACGAGACAAUGCAGUCUUCCUCGUCGCAGCUGCAACAGCCGGAAAAAAAGCAAGAAGAAAAGGUCACGCCGGAACCACCAAAGAACAACAAGAAAGACUCUAGCAAAACCAAACGUCAAGAGAGUUCUGACAGUGAGGAGGAGAAGAUGGAGAAGAAGAAGCGUCGAAGGAUCAAGAAGCCAGCGUCUGACAGCAGCGAAGAAGAAGACGUCAUUCCAGAUUCUCCACAAUUGACGGCAAGGAAAGAACUUUCGCCAGCGCCUUCUGAGGAACCCAUUUCACAUCCCGGACUCUCCGAGAAUACUAAAAUACGCAAGCGCAGACGUGUGCUUAAGUCUCGAACUUUCGUCGAUGACGAAGGUUGCAUUGUGACGGAGAAAUGCUAUGAGAGUGAGUCUUACUCUGAAGACGAAAGCACCGCUCCCGCCGCCGUGCAAGUGGCAGUGAAAAAUCACGCCGGAGCGAAAGCCUCGGUGAGCAAUGAUAAGAAGAUUCAGAAGAAAACGACAGAGAACAAAGCGACGAAACAAGCUUCCAUUAUGGGAUUUUUCCACAGGAAGUGAUGGACAUGAUGGAAUUACUCUGCAGAAGAUGUGAUUUCAAAAAAACUGAUGAAAGUCAAUAAACAUUCAUGAAAAUUUUAAA